AUGAUGGCGCACGGCUCAUAUCCCACGGAGCGGAAUCUGAUCACAGCCGCUCAGUUCCUUCACCACGAGCUUCCCGUUCGACUGGCUCAUCGCGUCACGGAACUCGAAAAUCUUCCCUACGGCUUGUCGGAUAAAGCUCCCAUUCUGAAGGUGCGAGACUGGUACGUUGACUCGUUCAAGGACAUCUCCCAGUUUCCGGCCAUUGAGAACGCCAGAGAAGAGAUGCGCUUCACAGAGCUCCUAGAUCAGGUGCGGAUGCGGCACAACAACGUGAUGCCGACGGUGGCGAUGGGAGUGAGCGAGCUGAAGAGGGACAUGGUGGCGGGCAGCACGAGGCAGGGGCUCGACAGCAUGCCCGAAAUCCACCAGUUCCUGGAUCGCUUCUACAUGUCGCGGAUAGGCAUUCGUAUGCUCAUUGGCCAACACGUCGCGCUUCAUAAACCGUCGCCGCCGCCUCACUAUAUAGGUCUGAUCUGCACCAAGGUGUCGCCAGUGGAGGUGGCACGGAACGCAGUGGACGAUGCGCGGUCAGCAUGCAUGCGCACAUACGGCUCUGCCCCUGACGUGCACAUCUAUGGCGACCCUGACCUCAGAUUCGCGUACGUGCCAGCCCAUCUGCACCAGAUGCUGUUUGAGCUGGUGAAGAACUCGCUGCGCGCCGUGCAGGAGAGGUUCGCUGAUGCUGACCAUGACCCGCCGCCCAUCCGCCUGAUUGUGGCUGAUGGCAUGGAGGAUGUCACCAUCAAGAUCUCGGAUGAGGGUGGGGGAAUUCCGCGCAGUGGGCUACCAAAGAUCUGGACAUACCUUUACACCACGGCCCACUCGCCCAUCGCUGCUGCCAACCAGCUGCACGAGAUGCCCACCGUCAUGGCGGGGUAUGGGUACGGGCUGCCCAUCAGUCGGCUGUAUGCGCGCUACUUUGGAGGCGACCUGCAGGUGGUGUCCAUGGAGGGCUAUGGCACUGACGUUGCUGCCACUUCAUGCCCCUCCACGUCUCUCCAAGGUAGUUCAAGCCUUUCCAUGAACAUCGCCGCUCACAUGUAUCACCACCGCCGCCCACCUGACCGCGCCGCCCACCUGGACCGCCACCUCCGGCCACAUGGACCCCCAUCACUGCCCACCUUGACCGCCAUCACUGCCCACCUUGACCGCCAUCACUGCCCACCUGGACCGCCAUCACUGCCCACCUGGAUUGCCAUCAUUGCCCACCUGGAAUGCCAUCAUUGCCCACCUGGACUGCCAUCAUUGCCCACCUGGACCGCCAUCACUGCCAUCUCCUCGAUGCCAUCAUCCCCACCCACCACACCGCCCUACCUUGAAGCAGCAGCAUAG